CUAAGCCCUCCUCAACUUUUCCUUUUUCUUUUGUCAUUUGGGCUACAAAAAGUAGAAAAGAUUAAAAUAAUCGGCACCGAAAAAGCUUUCAUUAGUCACUUUCCUCUUCUUUUUCUUUUCCUUCACUAAUAGUCUGUUUUUGUUUAUAAGCAAAAUGAUUCUACAGUCUAAAAACUGCUGCUGGCUUUUCUUUACCUACUUGAUUGUAUCAAUCCCUAGUUUCUGAUCCCCCAAGUCCCCACAUUUUUCUUUUCUCACUUCAGAAUCACGCUUUUUUUAAAGAGUUCAACUGUAGCUGAUCUGUUCUCUCUUCGGAUCGAACAUUUUCUCAGCUGGGCUUUCCAAAAAUUCAAUCUUUCUUGCACAAUUCGGGUUUUGAGCUCUGAUUUUAGGCUUCUCAUGAUUUAUAUUAUUUCACUGCUUAAAUUACGAUUGAAUUUCUCGUUUAAACCCUUAGUAUCAUCAAAUUUUCUUCACUCUGACAUCAUUUUCUUCAUAAUUUGCUUAUACUGUCUCCGAUUUCGACUAAAAAUUUGACCUUUCACCAAUUCAAUCCCACUUAUUCAAGCUCAAUUACCCAACUUUCCUUAAAAAGAAGAAAAAAGGAUCCAUUUUUCUCUCUUUAAAAAUGGGGGAUCGGUUAAGGGCUCCUUCAAUGGAGGACUUGCCUUCGCAUUUGGUACUUGAUAUAUUGAUCUCAGGCAGGCUAAGUGCGGUUGAUUUGGCCUGUUUGGAGCUGACUUCAAGGACUUUUAGAGAGAAUCAUGGGUUGUUUUCCAAAGAAUUCCGGUCUUUUGUGGAUUUUGCUGCGUUUAGGCUCUGUCAGUUGCACCCAGUUUAUGCUUCUUUGCAUUUCAAUGCUCAGAAAGAGGCUCUGAAUAGGUGUAACGGUAAUUGGAAGCGGCUGUUGAGGUUCUUGCAGUCUGUGGAGAAAUCCUCGGACGUGGUUGAAACCUCUGCAGGCAAUCAGAUGCAAAUAAGAUGUGGUAGAUAUCACACACUGCUGAUCAAGGAUUCAGAGGUAUACUCUUGUGGUUCCAGCUUAUGUGGCGUUCUUGGUCACGGUCCAGAGACAACACAAUGUGUAGCAUUUACAUGCAUUAACUUCCCAACUCCUUCACAAGUAGUCCAUGUGUCGGCCUCCCACAACCAUGCUGCUUUUGUUACUCAGUCUGGAGAGGUUUUCACCUGUGGAGAUAAUUCAUCGUUCUGUUGUGGGCACAGAGACACAAACCGUCCUAUAUUCCGGCCUCGUCUUGUUGAAUCACUGAAAGGAAUUCCUUGUGAGAAGGUUGCUGCAGGGCUUAGUUUCACUAUGUUCCUCUCAAGACAAGGCCAUGUCUAUACAUGUGGCACCAAUGCACAUGGUCAACUUGGACAUGGUGACACACUGGAUAGACCAACACCGAAAAUUGUACAAUUACUCGAACAUCUUGGUUCUGUAGUUCAUAUUGCUGCGGGUCCAAGUUAUGCUUUUGCUGUAUGCAAAGAUGGGACGCUCUUCUCUUUUGGUUCAGGCACUAAUUUUUGCCUGGGACACGGUGAGCAACAUAAUGAGCUUCAACCACGUGCAUUACAGUCAUUCAGGAGAAAAGGAAUUCAUGUGGUUCGUGUAUCUGCUGGUGAUGAACAUGUGGUGGCACUUGAUUCCUGCGGAUAUGUGUAUACUUGGGGCAAAGGUUACUGUGGUGCACUUGGCCAUGGAGAUGAAACUGAUAGGACGACUCCAGAGCUCUUGAGCAGCAUUCAGAGUCACCUUGCUGUGCAGGUCUGUGCAAGCAAGAGGAAAACCUUUGUUCUGGUGGAUGAUGGUUCUCUUUAUGGCUUCGGGUGGAUGGGAUUUGGUAGUCUGGGCUUUCCUGACAGGGGAGUGUCUGACAAAAUAUUAUGGCCUCGAGUUCUUGACUGCUUGAGAAACCACCACAUUUCCCAAGUUAGUACUGGGUUGUACCACAGUGUCGUGGUCACUAAUCAGGGACAAAUGUUUGGGUUCGGAGAUAAUGAAAGAGCACAACUGGGGCACGACUCGCUCAGAGGAUGCCUUAAACCAACUGAAAUCUUUCUUCAGGAAAUAGAUGGCAUAGACCUUGUGCCAGAAAGUGCUGAAUAGGGGUGCUCUUCUUUUUGAUUAUUGGAGGCUAGAUAUUAUUUUGUGUUUGUAUUGGAGACUUAUUGCUUGAUGUUCGGAACUGAUGACAAGACAGUUGUAGUGUUGCAGUGCUUGUGCUGGAUAAUGAUUUUUGAAUGCUUUUAUGUGGGACGUCCUGUUCCUUGGAACUUCUACUACAAAAUUGAUGUCCAAAGAUCUUUUCCUGUA